GUAAGAUUGCUGCAGCUCAAGAGUGCUAGAGGAAGAUCCUUAAAUACUCUUCUUGGAACAGAAUUUGGGUCUCUAAGCAAGAAGUGCCAGUCUUAACAUUCACUAUUUGUGACUGAUUUAUAGGAAAAGGGGCUUGAUUCUGGUAGCCGGGGGAGCCCAGUGUGAACACUGAGGUUCUACCCUGUUCUAGUGGUUGCUUUGAUUGAUACCCAGCCAUGAAAGGGACAUAGCUCAGAUACUGACAAAACAGCUGUGUAUUUGAGUGUGUUUGUCCAACUGGCCAGGAACAGUCUGGGGACAAACAGUGCCUUAUUUGGAGUUGUUUAUUCUUCUCCCCCAUGGAGUGACCUCAGAUAACCUUUCCCAGCUUGGAAAGACCUGAAUCAGAUUUUGUACAGCCUAGAGGAACAAGCCUGUAGCCUGGGGAAUGCUUCCUGUCACGUUUAGAACCAAAGAAAAACUAGGAAAAACUCUAAUCUCUAUGGUGCCUCUCUCUCAGCUGGUAGCUGGGAGUUGAAGUCUGAGGACCUGAAUUUUCCUGGAGGGCAACGUGCAACAGCUUUGGCUGGGAAACAUCUCGAGUUUGUGCUUCUAGGACCAUAACCGUGGAUUCCUCAGUGUUGUUCCUCCUUGCUGGGCUUCUGGACUGCUGAGACCUGUGGUUCCUGGCAGAUAGACAGGUUGUAUCAAACCUUGUCACUAGUCACCAGAUGCUAAUGGACUGCAGAACCCUAGAAACAUCUCUUCCAUGUGUUGCUCUCUUGCACCAUGCAAACUCCAGCUGUGUGAAGAUCGUGGCUGUCCGGGGCUCUCACAGGAAAUCAGACACCAACAGAAAUGGGCGCAGAUGUGAGAGUGAAGGCCUUAAAGCCACAGUCAUAUUGGCAUAAACAGAACAUCCUGUUUUGUUUUGUUUUCACAGAGAACCUGGUCUCCCCAUAGGGGAGGCAGAGACCUAGGAAAUCUCUUCAUAGCUUUGGGUUUGGAAAGAAUGUAUAGACCAGGGAUGGUGGCUCACAUCUGUAUUCCCAGCCCUUCGGGAGGCCAAGGCAGGCAGCUCACUUGAGGUCAGGCAUUCGAGACCAGCCUGGCCAACAUGGUGAAACCCCAUCUCUACUAAAAUACAAAACUUAGUUGGGUGAUAGUGGGUGCCUGUAAUCCAAGCUACUUGGGAGGCUGAGGCAGGAGAAUCACUUGAACUCAGGAGAUGGAGGUUACAGUGAGCCGAAAUCACGCCACUGCCUGGGCGACAGAGUGAGAUUCUGUCUCGAAAAAAAAAAAAAAAAGAAAAGAAUAAAAAUAAAAAAUAAAAAUAGCCAGAUGUGGUGAUGUGCACCUGUGGUCCCAGCUGCCCGGGAGGCUGAGAUGAAAGGAUCUCUUGAGCUCGGGAGUUCAAGGCUGCAGUGAGCGAUGACUGUGCUACUGAACUCCAGCCUACACCACGGAGUGAGACCUUGUCUCUAACAACAACAACAAAAAUGAUACCUGCCGGGCAGGCACAUGGGUGGAAGGUAGCUGGUUAGUCUUGCAGGCACGUUCAGAAUGUUCCCUGGCUGAGAGCAGGAUGUGGGAGAAGGUAACUCAUUGGAAAGGGUCCCCCAAGUGGGAGGCAGCACUGAUGAUAGACUCCUGAAUGUGAUGCGUGGGCCUAUGAUGGGGUUGAAUUGUGUCCUCCCGAAAAAUAAUAUGUUGGCACCCCAACCCUCAAGUACAUCAGAAUGUGGCCUCAUUUAGAGAUAGGAUUUCUACUGGGAUAAUAGAGGUAAAAUGAGACUAUUAGGAUGGCUCUAGUCUAAUACUAGUGUCCUUAUAAAAGGGGAAAUUGGGACAGAGACACACACAGGAAGAACAUUAGAAGAUGGUGUGAAGAUGAAGGCAGAGAUCUACAAGCCAAGCAACCCUAAAGAUUGCCAGCAGACUCCAAGAAGCGAGCAGAGAGAGGCGUGAAACAGAUUCUUGCCCAAGGCCCUUGGAGGGCACCAACCCUACAGAUAACCUUGAUGGCAAAUUCUAGCCCCCAGAACAGUGAGACAAUAGACUUCUAUUGUUGAAGCCACCUGGCCUGUGGUCCUUUGUUAUGGCAGCCCUAACAAAUGGAUACAGGGUCAUCUUACAGGCAACGAUGAGCUUGUGAGAAUCCAACCAGGGAGAUGGCAAGGACGAGAAGGCAGUGUGAGGGCCAAGGGUGAUAAUAUGGCCAGCUGGUAGAUAGUGCCUAAGGCUUUUAUCAUUGUGAACAACAGCCUCACAAUGCAGGCUCAUGACAACAAUGUCAUCAUCGUCAUCAUCAUCAUCAUCAUCAUAUCAUCACAGCAAAUAGUUAUUGAGCAUCUACUCUAUGCUGGACAAGCAUACUUUACAUGUUUUACAUUACUGAGUCCUUACAAGUUAAUGCGGUUGAUGUUAGUAACAUUCCCAUUUUACAAAUGAAAAAACUGAGACACACAGAAGGAAGAAACUUGCCCAAGAGUAUAUAUGGCUGGCAGUUGGUCUAAUUUUCCCUGAGAAGAUGCCUGUGGCUGUGUGACGAAUGACUAUUUUGUGGAGGGGGUGCCAGGCUUCUCUCCUGCUGCUGUGGAGUUUGCUGGAACAUGGGAAAAGAAAUCCGAGAGGCCUUUCGGGUUCUGGACCGGGAUGGGAACGGCUUCAUCUCCAAGCAGGAGCUGGGCAUGGCCAUGCGCUCUUUGGGGUACAUGCCAAGCGAGGUGGAGCUGGCCAUCAUCAUGCAGCGCUUGGACAUGGACGGGGAUGGCCAGGUGGAUUUUGAUGAAUUCAUGACCAUUCUUGGCCCCAAACUGGUGUCUUCAGAAGGUCGUGAUGGUUUUCUUGGAAACACGAUAGACAGCAUAUUCUGGCAGUUUGACAUGCAAAGAAUAACUCUGGAAGAGUUGAAGCACAUUCUCUAUCAUGCCUUCCGAGACCACCUAACGAUGAAGGACAUUGAGAACAUCAUUAUCAAUGAGGAAGAAAGCCUGAACGAGACCUCGGGGAACUGCCAAACAGAGUUCGAAGGAGUGCAUUCCCAGAAGCAGAACAGACAGACCUGCGUCCGGAAGAGCCUCAUAUGCGCCUUUGCUAUGGCCUUCAUCAUCAGUGUCAUGCUGAUUGCAGCCAACCAGAUACUCCGGAGCGGCAUGGAGUAGCAGCCUCCCGCCAGCCACACUGUGUUGCAGCUCACCGCGCAUGUGCAUGCCGUGCGGGCAGACUCUUCCUCCACACAGCAGACACGGACCUAUGGACUAUGGAUGGAUGCGGACAAUGGAACCAUUCAGUAAAGAACCCAAGGUUGAGUGCAACUGGGGUUGCACUUCAGCUUCAUCUCCUUGGCAGGGACACUAAAGGGCUGUCUUCAGUGCUUUAAUGGUUUUGUUUUCUAAUGCAAUAAAUAGCCAGGAUUUCCGAAUUAUUGCUUCAACCGUCAGUCAUAACUCUAGAGAAAAACUUCAUCUUCAUCUCGGAAUUCCAGCGGCCAUCCAGGUAUAAUGGUGAGAGAGCAAGAGAGAGGCAUGAACACACAGUCACCUCCACUCCCCAUUCUUUCAACCCAAGGGUCAACAGGAGACUCUCUGCUGAGGUCAACCCUCAGUUCCAAGAGGCUGACUUCAGGGUUGCCACAGAAGAGGGGGCUUUCCAUCCCACCCUGGCUUCCUUCCUCCACCCAGUGGAGACCCCCCCAAGGCAUGAGGGGAAAGCCAUUAAGUGGGGUGCAGCCCCUGGCGGUCUUCAGCUGCACCCCUCACCGCUUCCGUUCUUACUGCCUUUUCUAGAGGACUGCCAUUGGUAGAGCUGGGGUGCUCUCAGUUUCCGUCGGCACUUGGCUUUCUGUUCCUAGAGCCCAUCCCGCACCAGCAUUUUGGAACCUGCAGAGAGCCUUUCUCCCAGCUUUGCCGCCUGUGCUGCCAUUAGAGAAAAAAAGAAGCAUAAUCGUGGGCAUCUCUAUAACAUAGACAGAUAUAUAUAUUUGGCUUCUUCGUGUGUGAUGUCAUUCUUCCCUAAUCGCUUACACCUAAUAUAAGCUUGUCCUCCCUCCCACACUCAUCCCUGCUUCUUUGGGGCAGGGGUGAGGCAGGUUGAGGGGGGAGGGGACUGAGACUGGCGGUGAGGUUUUGACACCCACACCCAGCCAUCUGGAGUCACGGAGACCCACCACGUCUCUAUGCCGGAUGACCUUUGUAAGUUAAGGUCCUUGUGCAUCUUACCUUUCCCUUACCUUGGAGUUUGCUGUUAGUCUUCCCCAGCUAAAAAGAGAAAUGCAAUCCAAAAUGGAAAGAUGGAGAGAUCAAAUGACUGUAUUUUACAUAAGAUCUUCUGGCCUUCAGAUUCUGCAACUGACUCAUUUUCAGGAGGUAGGGGCAAAAGAUGUUUAUGAGUUUAGCCAACAGAACAGGUAAUUUACUCCUGCCUGCAGAAUACUUUCGUUGGGGAAGGGAACUGAAUCCAAGGAUCUGUUUUCAACACCAUUCCAAGUCUGUAAUUUCCUGACUUUUCCUAGAUGUCAGCCACUACUAUGAAUUCAAGCUUGUGUAGUCAGAUUAGCCAGUAAUCUCUAGAUGUAAUAGUUCCCUUUGUACUUUUCCAAGCUCAGGUCUUUAUUUUGUAAUGGAAUUACCUUGCUCCUACUUCUUUUGAUUACAUCCUAAAACUACAUGCUUCCCCCCCUUUCUUCCAGUAGCGAGCCACCAGAAGCUUUCUUGUCUCAAUGCAGUGGGUAGGGUUUUUUGGUGCGUUGCGUGUUCCUGAUCUCCCUCCCUGUCUUCCCGCUCAGCUAUCUCCCUACUGCCUUCUCAGACUUGGAGCACUCAAGGUCUCCGAUGAGAGUUUUCUCAUUCACCUCUGCAAGUGCUACUGGCAACAGCCUGGGGGCAGCUGUAGACACUUUCCCUCGGUGGGAGAGUGUGAAUAUUCUGAUGAGCACAAGUAAAACUAAGGUUUCAGCCAUAAUACGGAGGAGGGAGCAGAUGUAAGCUCCCAAGAGCCUGGGGGAUCGCAGGUCCCUCUCAAAACUUCCUGGAGUUCAGCCCAGCAAGGCCAGACCAAGGAGGCAGCAACCUGCCUUUCUCCCUUACCUGCCCUGCUGCCUGCACACUGCAUGCCUGCCCCUUCUGCCGCUCCCGUUGGCUGACUCACCACUGUCCCCUUAGGAUUGGAAUUCUCAACUAGAACAGGUCCAAAUGCAGAAUAUAAAUACAUCGAACAACUUCAUCCUUAAUCUCUGCCCGGGGCAGUUUGCCCUCUCCCAACUGGACUUGGAUGGGAGGGCAUAGCAGAUUUUGAAGAGACAUGAUUUCCUGUCUUUCUCUGACCCCUGAACCACCAAACCACAUCCAUAGGAGUGCAGGACCCUAAGUAGACUGGGUAGAAACCCCAGGGAUGAUUCUUCAAAGCCCCCUCCCCCAUGAGAGGGGACUGAAAUGCUGCAGCUGAGGCUGGUCUUCAGGGCAGAAAAUGAGUACUUCUUUGAAGGCGGCUUUUCUGCGAGUUCUUCUGCCUCCUGCUGGAGAACAGAGACCCUUCAAGAGGUGAGGGUUAGAUUUCAUUGGCAGAGAGAUUAGCCACUGUGCAGGAGUAGGGAGGAAAAGGAGUUCUGGAGAGGCACCAUCAUUCUGUUUUCUACAAAGGCUGCAGGAUUCCUUUCUUAAUGGUGACCUUCUUGCUCCCAGUGACCUGGAAGCAAGCCCACCCUCCCCAGGGGAAAAUCUAGGAGAAUGCAUUCCUCUGCAGACUGCUAGAGAGAGAUGGCAAGAAGGAAGACACAGAAUUCCUUCUGACAGCCUAGGAGUUAACUUCCCACUGUGGUAACCCCCCACGUGGCACCCAGGGACUGAAGGGCACAGUGUGUGGAGAUGGCCCUGAGCUAGCGGCAUUCCUUAGACUUCCGGAGCUCAGAAUUUGUCCCGGUGACUUGCACUCUGGCUGCUUUGCUUGGACAGUUUGUCUUGGGCAUAGGGAAGACUUCCUUGUCAGGCAGCCAACUCCCAGCCCUGUUCACACAAAUUUUGUGCCAGGGCCCCAUGCCAGUCAGUGUCCCCAUCAUGGUGGCUAUGAAGCUCAUGGCUGAAGGUUCCAGAAGGUCCUGGUCUCCCAUGCCCAAGGGAUGCCAUAUAGCCCCAGCUGGAGGUGACUUACGCAGGAAUUGAGAGGGAAGAGCCCACCCUUCACUCUGUCCUCCAGACUUAGGAACCAGUGACCUUGGCUGCCCAACUGUACGGAGGCUGAGUGAUUGACAAACACAGGUUGGCUCAUUCUUGCUGCAAGAGCAGGUACCCCCCGCCACCCCCCACCCCGGAAAACACAAGUGAUGAGCAAGAAGGCAUUUUCCUUGGGAGAGAAGGGGAAAUGGACCCUGACCCCCUUGAUCCCCAAAGAAGCUGUGCCCCACCUUUCCAGAUACCCACAAAGCCCCGAGACAGAAUCUAGCAUUGGGACUAUUAGCAGUGGCUUCCAGAAUGUGCAUGGGUCCCACGUGACUGAUCCGACAAAAAAAAAAAAAAAAAGAGGGAUAUUACCAUGGCAACCCUUGCAUUCCACCCUGAGUUUGCCAAGGCACACAAAAAUAGGGAACAUUUUCUUAAAGAACACUCCAAUUCAGCCUGAGUGCAACCUGACUCUCUGCAUCUGUAUCCUGCUGGGAGAGGCAGUUACCCUUAAAGAAUCUGGGUGGUUUCUCUGCCUUUUUGUCUUGCAUUUGAACUUGUCCUUCUAUUUACUCAGGAGAACAGGAGCUACCUAUAAGCCCUGCUAUCUCCCCAUCCCUACUCCCAGCCCCUUCUCCCAGGGUCCAGAGCCAGGACCCCUUAAUCUAGGUAAAUAGGCAGAAAUAUCAUCUUGGAAGGCAAACAAGAUUUUAAGCCUCCAAUCUUUAAAAGUAUCAGUUUGCCUGUUGAACACACUCCCGCAAGCCAGACGUGUGAACUUUGGUGAACUGAGGUUUACAUGUGGUCUUAGGCAAACCCAGUGGUUUCAGAAAUGUCUGGGUGUUUUAUUUGCAGAGAACAAGAUGUGUCUUAUGAGUCUGCUUUCUCGAUACCUGCCCUGUCUCAAAUUUCACUUGACAAAUGGUCUACGAUCUUGCAGUUAUCCAAAAGAGCCUAUGAAAAAUGGACGGCUGCUUCUGACAAUAAUGCCCCUCCCAACUUCCCAUUCAUAGAAUCAUAAAGCGAUAUGCUUCAGAACUGAGAGAGAAAAGUUUACCUUUUAUUCCAAAUGCCUCCUACUCGGCUUAAGUCCAGACUCAGGUCACGAAUCAAAGACAGUUUUGCACGUUGCUCUUCACCUAAAUCUAGCAGUUUCCCUGAGGCCCUGUGAGGGCAUGGACAGAAAAUGCAGGAUGCAACCACCCAGGACAGCUCCCUGGUCUGGGCUGACCUGGCCACGUGUGGUCACAUGUCCUGGGAUCCGUGUUUACUGUGUCCUUGCUCUCCUUCCUGGCAGAAGCUGCUAAGCUCUGCUCCUCCUAACUGCAGGUCUCAAACCCUAUUGGGUCGUUUUGCCACACUGUUUCUCCAAAGGCCCAUAGUCAUUACAUUUUUCACCAUUUCACCAAGAUACAGGGAGGGUCUGGAAUUCCCCUGCUAGGAAGGGCCCCUUUUCCUAUAUCACCGUGAUGAUACAGGUGAACUGAGAUUAAACUUUUAGACUUCAGCACGUCGCACAUCCCGGUUGUAUAACCAGGAGGUCUGCAGAGCUGCAACUCCUGAAGAACAUCUGUCUUAAAAGACCUCAAAUCAGAACAUUCUUAUUGGCCUCUUCAGUGAUCCCCAUGGAGCUAAGAGUCUGUAACCUAAAGGCCUUACCAUAGCCAUCUUCCCUCCACACCUGAUUGCUCAACUGCCCCAGAAGGGGAGAAUCUAUCUGAAAUAGGAAAGAAGCAUUAGGGACCAGGUGCGGUGGCUCACACCUAUAAUCCCAGCACUUUGGGAGGCCGAGGCAGGUGGAUCAUUUGAGAUCAGGAGUUCAAGACCAGCCUGGCCAACAUGGUGAAACCCCAUCUCUACUAAAAAAAAAAAUACAAAAAUUAGCUCAGCAUGGUGUUGGGCACCUGUAAUCCUAGCUACUGUGGAGGCUGAGGUGGGAGAGUCACUUGAACCCUGGAGGUAGAGGCUGCAGUGAGCUGAGAUCGUGCCACUGCACUCCAGCCUGGGCAACAGAGCAAAACUUCAUCUCAAAAAAUAAUUUUAAAAAAGAAGCAUUAAUCACCAGCUAAGACUUUUCAAUUUAAAUUAUUUAAAGUGACGGCAACAUAGAGGAGAAUGUGGGCUGCCUCUUACCAACCCGGUCUCCAUAAUAAUUUCAGUGUCACAACUGUUCAGCUUCACUUCAUACAGGGGACUGUCCUCAAUUUUUUGGCCCUGCCAUAAACAGGUGUAUGUUAGUCCGUUUUGCAUUGCUAUAAAGGAAUACCUUAACACUGGGUAAUUUAUAAAGAAAAGAGGUUUAUUUGGCUUGAAGUUCUGCAGGCUGUUUGAGCAAGGUAUCAACAUCUGCUUGGCUUCUGGUGAGACCUCAGAAAGCUUUGACUCAUGGUGGAAGGUGAAGGGGGAGCAGGCACGUCACACAGCAAGAACAGGAGCAAGAGAGAGGAGAAGAGGUGCCAGUCUCCUUUUCUUAACAACCAGCAAUUGCAUGAACUAAUAAAGUAAGAAUUCGCUCAUUACUACAGGGAGGGCACCAAGUCAUUCAUGAGGAAUCUGUCCCUAUGACCCAAAUAUCUCCCAGCAGGCCCCACCUCCAACAUUGGAGAUCAACAUGAAAUUUGGAGGAAACAAAUAUCCAACCUCUAUGAUUGGUUUGGAGGAAUGAGAUCAAUUACACCAACAAGCCAAGCAUUUCUCUUAGUAUCCUAUGGUCAUUGCUAAUGCAUAUGGUCAUUUUGACAGCUGUGGUUUCUCCUUCAUAUUUAUAUGGGACUCUUCAUAGGGUCUCAAGAGACAUGACAAUACUGUUGAAAAUGUCUCCAAGGCAAAAUUAAUUUUAUUCUGUUGACUGGAAAUAUAUCACAAAGAAUGAGGUUUUUCCAGUCCCACCCACAAGACAGUCCUCUGAAAGUGGAAAAGCUUGCCCGGCCACCUGCCCCUACCCUGACCUUGGGGUAGUUCAUCAGUUGAGCACACCCCCCAUGCCGGGCAUAGACUCACCCAUCUCUUUUCCUCAGGUGUGAUGGGUUGGCUUUCAAACUAGUGUUUCUCGCACUGUUAGAAGUUAGUGUGCAAGUGGAAAGGAUGCAGAGGCUGGAAUUUUCCAGUGGGAUGAAGAGCAGGCUAAUUAGGAAGGAAUAUUCCAGGGAAUGUAAGGUGCAACUGUGAUAUUGCUCCAUCCCUGGACCUGAGGGAGACAAAGUUCUUAAAGGGCUGCAGAUGCUGUCCUCUGAAGGUCUUCUCCGGAUCGCUGGCCUACUUUGGAAAUAUGCAGGGCGUUGUCACGGGGCUGCCCAUCAGUCUGAUCCACACGAAAGGCUCUGUGAAUUUCAAGAGCAGGCUGGUAGCUCGCCAUUCCUGGAAGGAUGCUGACAUCUGUCAAGCCCAGAAUGCCUCUCUCAGGGCGCUCAGGCCUGUUAAACUGAGGCCAGGAGGGCAGAAGAAAGAACUCAAAGUGUGGUCGGUACUACCAGCUGGAGAAAGCCCAGGAGCUAGGACUCUUCCACCCACUAUCUAGGUUAUGUUGAGUGACAUUCCUCCCUGGCUUCAGGUUUCUCUAAAGCCAGAGGGAAAGUAAACCAGACAAGCCCUCCCAUCUGUUUUGUCUGAAACAAGAUGGAGUGAAUGCUCCCUACUGAGAGGGUCUGGAUUUCACCCAUGAAUUGCACUAGGAACUGGGAGCUCCUUUUUGAACACAAGUCCCAAGAGGCAGUUGUGAUAAAGUCUCUCUUUUGGUGUCCGCUGUCUGUAAAUGAAACAGUGCAAAUUGGUGUAUGUCAAAUGUGUCCCAGCUUGCAGGCAAGAGGUUUUGUUUAUUCCCUAAGGACUUGCUGACUCGAGGGAACAUCAAAGAUGAGCUUUCUGUCUUUGUCUUGGCAAGUGUGAAAAUAAAGGGAGUCAGUCACCUCCCCAAAGGUCACGUGAAUCAGAAUUCAGAAGAAAGUUGGAGGAAAUAAUGGCAGAUUCCAAGAAGAGAUGCUUAUUUCUCCAUUUGAGAAAGCCUUACUGAAAGCUACUGAAUAAAGAGCACAAUUUCUAGUUAUUUCUUUCUUUGCUUUUUUUUUUUUUUUUUCCUGGCCACUAUAACAGCACUUCCAGUAUAUGUUGAUAGUAGCUUGUAAUUAUUCCUAAUACCACAGAAAGAAGAGAGUCGUGAUCUCUGGUGAUUGUGAGGAAUUAGAUUAACAGUCCCGGGGGACCGGCUACCUGCGAUAGCCCUUUAAAUGGCUAAUGAGGGAUGCUGAGUGCUGAGCGGUGCCUGCUUUUGAUGUGACCCACCCAUGACCAGGGAGAGAGGGCAGGAAGAGAGCAGCUGCAGGAUCCACAAGUCUCUAGCCCUUCUGCCCCAGGCAACAUAAAACCCUAAAUUCUUGUUCUUUUUUCCUCUUCCUAAAGUAGACUGACAUCCCAGUAAUUGUUUUUCUAACAAGCCCUGUUGUUCUCCCUGGGAAAGACCUAGAUUGGCCAAGAAAGGAUCCUCUCAGCUCCUGGUGGAGAGUUGCACAAGCCAGUGGCUCUCAACUCUCUCCAAGGAAAAUUAAAGCAUAUUUUCUCUUUCUUAGCUCAAAAUCAGCUUUCAGGGGUCCUCGAGCGGCUUCUUAGUGGGGUCUGAUUUUCUUCCCCAGUUCUGAAUCCAGGAAGAAGCUAUUUCUCCAAGGACUAACCAAAAACAAUGACUUUGGAAAAAAAUUAGACUCAGAAAGUCUGUCCAGGCAUUGGGUUGGUGAACUGUCAACUGUUGGGUGGGGAGGAGGGGUCGCUGUGAUCAUAGCGGUCAUUAGACUUAGGACAUGAGUUGUCUCUCAAAGCACAGUAGUAAAUGACUGUAUUUUGUAUAUUGCCCCCAAUAUGUUGGGUGUAAAUAGAAGCACAGCUGGGGAUUGAUCAUGGCCAGGACGACUGGAGCUUGGCAGCUCUCAUAUCCAGAAUAAGCCACUAAGACGGAACUCAUCAAUCACCAUCUUCCCAUUUACCUCAUUAGCAUCCCAUUUUCUCUCAUUCAGUAUUAGUUGAUGAUUUCUGCUAUUAAGUGAUGAGAAAGUCAGCAGACUAGUCAAAAAAGAAUCUUUAUAUAAAAUGUACAUAUUAAUAUAAAUUAACUUAGCAUGCAACUUACCGAUCAAAUGAAGUAUAUAUUAUUAAUAUGUUAUCUUAGUGUAUAAAGGAAAACUGCCAUAUUUACCAGAUGUUUUCUUUAACCGAACUUGUCUGUAAAUAUAUAAUCUGUAUAAAAAGAGUCUAAUUUACCAUUAUUUAUGCAAUAGAAAGAAUAAAAGUUUUUUUUUCUUUUGA